AUGACAAGAAAAGCAGUAAAAGGGAGUGUGAUAGCUGACCUCCUAGCUGAAAACCCAAUCAAUGAUUAUGAAGCCCUAGAUUUUGAAUUCCCAGACGAAUAUAUUAACGCAGUGGGCGAUGAUGCUGAGGGUCAAAAUGAUGUAUGGGAAAUAUAUUUUGAUAGAGCAGUCAAUUUAGCCGGUAAUGGGAUUGGAGCAGUGCUUGUUACGCCAGAUGGGAGACAUUUCCCAAUAGCUGUUAAGCUAAGGGAAUAUCCUCCUGGGGUAAGCAGAAAUGAAAAGAGAAUGAUCAGAAGAUUAGCAAUGAGAUACUUUCCCAGUGGAGAAAUCUUGUACAAGAUAAGCUCCAACGAUGAGUUGUUAAGUUGUAUAAAUGCCAAAGAAGCAAGGAGAAUUCUAUUGGAAACCCAUGAGGGGAACUGCGCUACUCAUAGCAAUGGGUAUAUGAUGGCCAAGCAGAUCUUAAGGCGGGGUUACUUCUAG